AGUUAUUCCACUCGGUGCAGCCAAGAAAUGAACAUUGUAUGCGUGAAUGAGCACAUAUACCAUACGUCCGUACACGUAUAUCAUACAGGCAUCAUACUACCUAUUACCUGUUCCUGCUGUUCAAACUACUGUACCAGAUUCUGAACACCAGGAAAGUUAAGUGGAAUCAAGACUUCUGCCCCCUGUGUCUAUCUCUCUAACCGGAGACCCACUGUAGAUGAGGAGCCGGCCUACAACUGUUACCGAUAUACAUACUCAGUCCAGUUAAAAUCUCACAUUGGUCCUUCGAGCCGGAUAUCUUCACCUACAGUGGAACAGAAUGGCAGAAAAGGAAGCAGCAACAGUCCUACCGACAAUACUCGGACAGAGACGGAGCAGACAUCUUCCUGCACACCUGCAAGAUUAUCAGGUGAACCUACCUCAAGCCUUGCUCAUGUCUAAACCUCUUAGUGCCAGCACUCCAGAACUUCGGUCAUCAAGUGGGGAACCAGCAUACUCUCUGACAGGUGACCAGUUACCAGCAGUGCUCGGGCACCAGAUGAGAUUGGAUCAGAGAACACAGGAUGUAGUAGGCAAAGCAGAACUGUCAGCUCUCUCUAGUCAGCUGAGUGGAGAUUUAGGACGUCAGCAUUUCCAACAAGAGGAAGGACAGCACGGAAGUGAAGCGGAUUCAAAGGAGGAUGGCUCCCUAUCUGUUGGCUCUAUCAAAUUCCACGGACUUCCGCAUAGCUCCCACACCCCUGCCUAUGUUCCCAGAUCAACACAAGUGAGUAGUAUUGCUUGGGAUUAUGUCCCACCUUCUGCAUUGCGGCCAGGGCUGCCCGUGUCCACACUGUCUCCAGUGUAUCCACUAGUGUCACUGAUGAGCUAUACAUCCCCUCAGGCUUUAGCUCCAGCAGCAGGUGGCUCUCAAUACAUCCCACAGACAACAUACACCAGUUGGUCACAGCCCCUCAUAGAACAGAGGCCCAUAACUAGUCAAACUCUCCAGCUGCCUUUAAGUACAGCACCAGCUUACCAAAUACCUAUACCUGCCCCUACAUCUUCAAUUUUAACACAGCCAGCCUUCGUACCAGCGUCAGCUACGUCACACCUACACUAUGGUGCACCAACAGCAGCUGCCCAGCAGGUUAGUCAGCUACUACCAACAUGGUCAUCAACGCCAUACGCCCUACCACACAACGUAGCCGGUGGAUUAGCACCGCCCUAUCUCCCAGCUCAGGCAGUUACUCAGCCGUUGCAGCCUUCCUAUCAUCUGCCCUAUCCCCCAGCUCAGGCAGCUACUCAGCCAUUGCAGCCUUCCUAUCAUCUGUCUUAUCCCCCUCAAUAUGCCGCAGCACACAUGCAACUCGGCUCAACAGUUUCGCAGCCAAUGGUACAGUCAUUCACUACUGCACCCCCUCUGCCUAUGCAGCCUGUUCCAGUACUGGCACUCCCAAAGUUAAGGAACAACAGUGAAAGGGAGUUUACAGAUGUGAAAAUGGCACUGGAUCAUCUUCUGAACCCACAUGCUGAGCUGUCGGAACAUUACAAAUAUAGAGUCCUCAUGGAGCAGCUGGUGCUGGAAGAAGCCCGCCUAAUUGCACAUGCUUGCCGCCAUCACGCUCAACCCUACACCGCUGCAAUGCAAGCCCUACAGCAGGAAUUUGGACAGCCUCAUCAGCUUGCCCAAGGGGAAAUCGCUGCAAUCUUGAAUUCACCUGAAGUCAAAGCAGGGGACUUCAAAGCCUUCCAAAGUUUUGCCCUACGUGUUGACUUGUUGGUAGGGAUGCUCACCAUUCUAGAGGGCCCAAAUGGAUUGGAGUUGACGUCAACAGGCCAUGUGGAUAGGCUUCUCAGUAAGCUUCCAAGAAAUUUGAGGGACAGCUUCAUAGAACAUCUGCAAGUACGUGGUCGACUGCGGACACAGGGCCUUAACCUUUACAAUCUCAGAGACCUUGCAGGGUGGAUGAAGGUGAAGGCUGAAGCUCAACGGCUGUCAUCCAAACUUUGUCAACGAAUCCAAACCGAGAAGCCGUUAAUGGCAAAAAGGGACAAAAACGCAGGUUCACCAAAGCAAAGGGCUCCGCCAGUGACCAUCUACCAUGGUAGUGACACCUCCAAGGCUGAGCCUACACCGCUAAUGGCAUCAACACCCCCAACCCUGAAAACAAAGAAAUACAGACUGAGAGUCUGUCUCUUUUGUAAAAGUAACUCACUAUCUCUCACAAUGCCCGACGAUUGUGACACGGACAGCAGAUCAGUGAGAGAUGUGGAUUACAGAGGGUAGAAGAUGUCGUAAGUGUGGUCGCACUGGCCAUGAGCCUGGCACAUGUACAAUAAAGAAGCCAUGCAGUGAAUGUCAGGAGAUUCACCUCCAUGUACUGCACGUCAUUGCUAAGCCAAGUUCAGGUGUCUACAUCAUCACCCCAGUGGAGGGAGCAUCACUUACCCCUAUCAAACAAGUUGCGGGUGUCUAUCUAAAGGUUGUUCCUGUCAUUGUGAGUAAUGAAAGAAAUCAUUGCAUACAUAUGCAAUUCUGGAUGACGGCGCUGAACAAAAACCCUGUGGAAA